CUGGAGAGCAGUCCUGGGUGAGAAGCAGAUUUCACAGCCCGUUGCAUCUGUCGUUCUCAACUUCGUCUGUUGAAAUGGAUGCAAUACUGAACUGUAGGAUGGAAGAUUUAGAAGAUUAUUACAGCUUGUUGGGAUGUGAUGAACUAUCUUCGGUUGAACAAAUCCUUGCAGAAUUUAAGGUGAGAGCCCUAGAAUGUCAUCCUGACAAACAUCCUGAAAACCCCAAAGCAGUGGAGAACUUUCAGAGACUACAACAGGCAAAAGAGAUUCUGACUAACGAAGAGAGUCGGGGACGCUAUGACUACUGGCGACGGAGCAGAAUCCCUAUCCCGUUCCAGAAGUGGGAAGUGCUGAGUGACUCGGUCAAAACGUCAAUGCAUUGGGCCAUCAGAAGCAAGAAAGAGAUGAUGCUGGAAGCAUCUGACUCGGCAAAUACAGACAACCUGGUGAAUGAGGAUUGGGCCCAGUCGAGAGCAAACAAGAAGGAGGGACUUGACACCGAGAGAGUGGAGCAGAGGGAAUCCGAAUCUUUAGAGAAGCCUCUGGCCUCCUACAACACAGAUUCCCCAAGCUUUCCGGAUAUGAACGGCUGGCACCUGCGUUUCCGCUGGUCUGGUGACACCCCUUCGGAACUUCUGAGGAAAUUCAGAAACUACGAGCUGUGAACCCUACCUCCAGCAGAGCACAGAGAAUCAGAGAGGGAGAGCACCGGCAGAUUCCUCCUCUCUUGUGCUCGCCUGCUGCAGUCCUUGGCCUGUGUCCUUAAAACAUGGUGUUUGUAUUUGUGCUUAGCUGGAGCUGAGCAUUAGUAGAUGUGUUUCUCAAUUCCCCACUGCCGUCACCACAGUGUGUGUACUGUGUACCUAAUGAGAACAUUUUGCAAGAGUAGGAGUUCGCUGCAUUAGGUACUGCUGUGAGUUCAAUUUGCCGCAUUCAGCCAGGUUAAAGGAGCAUCUUUUGUUCAUUUUUCCCGACGUUUUAAUUUUAGAUCUGUAUUUUAAAAUCCAGCUAAUCUAUUCACCGUAUUUGUGUCAGCGAGUAUAUAACGUUAGCAAUGAAUGUAUUGUCGGUCCUGACGAAAAAUGUGCUGAAAUUUCUGUAUCCAAGAACCUGUGAAUGAAAUAAAUACUUUUCAAAAGUU